UUUAGCAUGGAUACUACAMAAACAAUACAAAGAGUUCAAAUUGUUUGGAUAUCAAAGUGUGCAAUAUAAACACAAAUUUGUAAAACAUAUACGCUUAAUAAACACUACAAACAAACAUACUUCUUUCGUGAUCACAUCCUUUAAUAGAACUUCUUUAUUGCUCUUGCUCUCAACUUCGUGAAUUGCUACUGCGUGGGUUAUGACCGAAUUACCAAACACCGGCAAAAGCUUCUUUUAUUUUAGACUUUCUUUUUGUUUAUAAGCCAAUCAAAAUUCGUAGCGGAACUAAAUGACGGCCCCCGGUCCAAUGGUUUUAUACCCAACCAAUCGUCAUUGGAUCUUCAAUAAUAUCGCUCUUAAGUGUUCGCUCGUUGUAGUGGUAGAACUUUACUAAGUCAUCAAGAUGAGACGACGUCUACAUGUAGUUUGGAUUUUACUUUUUCUUCUAACAAUUUCUCAUCAAACCACUGCGCAUUGGUGGUUCAUGUCACAAGUGUAUGCUCUAGGCGCUAAAGUCAUGUGUAAUACCAUUGCUGGUCUAGUAAGCUUCCAAAGACAACUCUGUCGAGAAAAUCCCGAUGUAAUGGUUAGCAUUGGCAAAGGUGCUAAGCUUGGUAUAGAUGAAUGUCAAUUCCAGUUUGCAGACCAACGAUGGAACUGUUCAACGGUUGAUAGAGAUGCCUCGCUGUUUGGCAAAGUUAUGAGGAGAGCAAGCAAAGAGACAGCUUUUGUGUAUGCUAUCUCAACCGCUGGCGUAGUCCACGAGGUGACUCGUUCUUGCACUCUUGGUGAGCUGAAAGAGUGCUCAUGUGAUAAUCGCAGAUCAGGACGAAGUCGAAAAGGUUUUGAAUGGGGAGGAUGUAGUGACAACAUCGCUUAUGGAUUGAACUUUGCUAAAGCGUUUGUGGAUGCGCGGGAAGUCGAGCGCGAUGCAAGAGCACUGGUAAACUUACACAACAAUUAUGUGGGACGAAGGGCGGUUAAAACAAACAUGCUUCUAGACUGUAAGUGCCACGGUGUUUCUGGCUCAUGYUCAGUAAGGACGUGCUGGAAAACGCUCCCACCCUUCCGCAUCGUCGGUGAACACUUAAAACACAAGUACGAGAACUGCCUCCUCGUAACCGUUGACCAAAGCGGCACCCAAUUAACGCAUCCGGAUUUCAGCUAUAGAAGACCUUCAAGAGAUGAGCUGGUCUAUCUUGAGGAAUCGCCCGAUUAUUGCUCGAUAAAUUCCAACACAGGAUCUCUUGGGACUUCAGGACGCGAGUGCAAUCGCACAGAGCAGGGGUCUGGAGGAUGUGCAGUUCUGUGCUGUGGUCGAGGCUUCAACACGAUUCAAGUAGAAGAAGACUACAAGUGCUACUGUAAGUUUCAUUGGUGYUGCCACGUAAAGUGCGAGAAAUGUCGACGAACGGUGGACAAACACAUUUGCAAACCGCCGAAAUCUAGCGAAGUGAACGCUUUUCCUGUGUCUACACARAAGAACAGAAAGGUCACCCAUCAUCGUAAGGGGAAAAAGAAUCGAAGGAAAUACAGAAUGAGAAAGAAUAAGAAGGAUAGAAGAAAUGAUGUGGGAAAAUAACCAGAUUGAAACGUGAAAGACAAAUAUAUUUUUUAAAACCACUUGAUCAUGAGUCCUAUCACUCGUUUGUCUUGAGCAUCACUUAACACUCUUUUUCUGGUUUACUUUGCAAAUGCAUUUGUGUGAACACAGCACUGGAAGACCAUUUGACAGGUUUCGACAAUGGUCCAGCUAGUAAAAUUAUUGACGGUCACGCUCCUUGUUUUUACAGUGCAAGAGAAAGUGAAUGGAAAUAGUAUAUGAGUAGUUAGAYUGCUUGAAAACAAGUAUUUGCGCAACUAAACUGAAAUGUUAAGAAAGUUGUUAUUAUCUAAUAUAGCGAGCGAAAUGCAGCUUUUCACUUGUGCAAACGAAGAAUUAUAGAACUCUUUCUUGCUCAACUCGAUAGCAGAGUGACUAUACAACAAGGCCAAAGAACCUUUCUUAUAUUUCAACUUUUUUGUUAGUGGAUAAUAGCAAUGUUACUUAACCGAAUUGUACAUAGGAUUGUAAAUAGAUAGAAGUUUGCGCAAAGAUGGCUAACUUGUAAAUAGUUCGUUGAUAUUUUUGGUAAAUCAAAAGCAGCAAUAAAUUCUAGAYUGCAGAGAUA